AUGGUGUGCAAAAAUUGUGGAUUUGCAUUUCCAACAAAAACAGUGGACACCGACAUUUUGAUCUCGAAAGGGGAGAAAUCACGCGAGGGGAGUAAUACCCUUAAAAUUCUAGAGAGAAUGAGGAGAGAUAUUGUCAAGCUCUAUGGAGCGGGAAUUCAUGCUUGUCUGCUGUUCACUACAGUAGAUAAUCCUUCAAGACAGAGUAGUGGAUUCAAGGCAUAUAGUCCAUUGAGAAAGUAUCUUCUGUGUCAACUACAACAAAAUACAGCUGGGCAAUCUUCCCUCGAGAAUCCCUCUCUUCAGAAAUCCAGCAUAUCAGACACCCUGUUCACUGGAGAACCAACAGCACCUCACAAAACCAAAACUACCCAGAUUCCCCCUACACCCUCACAGGCAUCUGUCCCACUUUCCACGGUACCUCCUCACAAACCCAUUCAGACUCUCCCUACCCCCUCACAGGCAUCUGUCCCACUUUCCACGGAACCUCCUCACAAACCCAUUCAGACUCCCCCUACCCUCUCACAGGCACCCAUCCCACUUUUUAAGGUACCUCCUCACAAACCCAUCCAGAUUCCCCCUACCCCCUCACAGGCACCCAUCCCACUUUCCACGGUACCUCCUCACAAACCCAUUCAGACUCCCCCUACCCUCUCACAGGCAUCCGUCCCACUUUCCAAGGUACCUCCUCACAAACCCAUCCAGAUUCCCCCUACCCCCUCACAGGCACCCAUCCCACUUUCCACGGUACCUCCUCACAAACCCUUUCAGACUCCCCCUACCCCCUCACAGGCAUCUGUCCCACAUUCCACUGUACCUUCUCACAAACCUAUUCAGACUCCCCCUACCCCCUCACAGGCAUCCGUCCCACUUUCCACGGUACCUUCUCACAAACCCAUUCAGACUCCCCCUACCCCCUCACAGGCAUCCAUCCCACUUUCUACGGUACCUCCUCACAAACCCAUUCAGAUUCCCCCUACCCCCUCACAGGCAUCCGUCUCACAGUCCAUGACACCAAUUAUCCAGGCUCCCCCUGCCCCCUCACAGGCACCUGUCCAAUCAAGACCAAAGAGAUCUUGCCCAAGUAUUUUUAGGAAAGGACUUGAGACAGAGAAAGAGCCUAAGACAGAAAGAAAAAUGAAAUCAAGGGAAAUAAAGAAGACCAAACUUUCCUCAAAACCAGAAAAAAUUAUGAAUGAGAAAUCGGAAAGUGGAAAAAGUUUCUACCUAGUCAAAUGGAUAGGAUAUCCAGAGGAAGAUAAUACGUGGGAACCAGAAGAAAAUUUUGAUCCUGCUCUAAUACAGGAGUACAAGGACAAUAAAAUGAAUUGA